AUGGGGAACGCACUGACCGUCGACGUGGCUGACCCGAUCGUGAGCGACGACCCCCUGCUAAAUGUACACGUGGAUGUGACGGAAGUGUUUGCUGUGAUCAUCGUGUACUGUAACGCGACGAUGGAGGAGAAAGUCCCAUUUCUAUUUGAUCUCUUCGAUUUCGACCACUCCAAGAUGAUAUCACAGGAUGAAUUGGUUCUACUGAUGCUUUGCACGACUAGAGGGCUCUGUAAAGUGGUUGCUGGGAAAUACGAGAUCGAUUUCUUACUGCAGAAAAUGAAGAAAAGUAUGAAAAAUACGCGGUCACUCGUAAAAUACGGAGAAAGCAACGUUUCAGACAAUGCGAUCUCCAUGGACGCGUUCUUUUUCGUUCUUUCACCAUUUAUCGCGUUCCUUGCUGCUGACGAUGACGGAGAGCACUCGAUCAAUAUCAAAGAGCUAAAAAUAUUGCUCUGGCUUAUGUUUGGAUCGGAACCGAGCUCAAAAAUGGUCGAGAAUUUCAAGAACGCGUUGGAUAGCAACCACGAUGACUCUCUUAACGCGAUGGAGUGGGUCUCGUAUGCUCUUGAGACCAAUGAACAGACCGGAAGCCAGUCAAUCGUCAACCAGAUCCAUCUUCUCUUCGCGACGUCGGACGUCAACGGAGACGCCAUAUUGACUCUACCAGAACUUCAACGUGGUCUGAUUUCUAUUUUCACAGACCAUUUAGAACCUGUAAACACGCCGUCUAAACCAGUCAAAAGUGUGGAAACGCGACGCCAAGCGCAGUUUUCUACCAUUUCAAGUCUUGCCACCGAUCUGGUCAAGGAAAUCAUGGGGGAACUCGAUGCAAAUGACACGCGGCGUAUCGAAUGGUACGAGUUCCGACAACAUCUCGAGUACCUUGACCGCCGCGUGAUGGAGAUCAAGACUUACAUCGAAACACACGUUUUAGGCUAA